GAGGCGAAGAAGAGCUCCCGUUCCGUUGCGAUACCCGGCGUCUCUGACUGGCGCACGACCGCUACCGACCUUCUCCAUGUCACCGCCAAGGCCGCAAUGGAGAAGGUGAUUCCCAGAGGCCCGGAGGCACGGUGGAGUCAUCGGCAGGUGAUCCCCGAACGCCUGAACCAAGUUGACUGCCGACCGGUCCUGGUUUUCGUCAACACCCGAAGUGGGGGCCAGCAGGGCUUCAAGGUGAUGACGGAGAUGAGGAACUACCUCCACACCCUGCAAGUGGUGGAUCUGCAGCGAGAGGGCCCGGAAGCUGCACUGAAGUGGUGGGAAAAAACUGGCCUGAGGUACCGUAUCCUCGUCUGUGGCGGUGACGGAACUGUCGGCUGGGUUCUCGGCGCUCUGUACCAGUUAGAGUUGGCCUACCUGCCUCCUGUUGGAAUCCUUCCUUUGGGCACCGGGAACGACCUGGCUCGAGUCACAGGACCAGCAGAAUACCAGGAUAAGUUGGGAAAAGUUCGGCGGAGCGAAGGUUGGCUGGAAGACCUCCGGCCCUCUUGGCUCACUGGCGGCACCUCCCAGGUGAAGGAGCGAAGGCUGAAGCCCAUGGUGAUGAGCAACUACUUCGGCAUAGGCGUCGAUGCAGCCGUGGCACUGGACUUCCAUCAGAUGCGGGAGCGCCGACCCGAAUGGCACCUUGCUGGCAUUCUGACGUUUUUUGGGGUCUUGGCAGCCUCAAGGCUGGAUGUUCUGGGUAGUGGUAUCCCCUUCAUGGUUUCCGGUUCCGUUAAAGGUCUUGAAACCGUGUGCAGGGUUUAUAAGAGUUUGGGACAUAAUUUGGUAGCGACAUCCCCUUCUAGUCCCUGUAAAACUAUAGGCGGUUCCGGCAUUGAGGGUUCCGCUAGCAUUACAUGCAGCUUACCCGGCUUACCCAUUAGCCUCUGGCGUUUUAGUCGUCCGGCUUGA